CAGGCUUGCAACCUCCCUACUACCUCUCAUUAUCUACCCCUUAAUUUCCUUCCUUUCUAUCCAAUUUCAUUCAAUACCUCCAUUAAUCAUGUCCUUCUAUGGAGGGUUCUCACAACGUACCUGGCAACAAGCUGUAAAUUACAGACUAAUAACAUAUCUCCACCCCCAGCGGUACAGCGAAAGUACCGACAUACAACAAUCUCUGAGAGAUGGAUAUAGUCUCCAGACCAAAAACCAAGAGCUCAUACAGUCAAUCAGCGUACUGCUGUGUGAGAACGAAAAAUACAGACAGGACCUCGAAGCCGCACACCAAUCGUACCAGCUCGCGCAAUAUGCGUCGUACGCUGCGCAGUGGACUUUCGAAACCCAGAAGUACUAUUUCCAAUCAGCGGAAAAGGCCUACACGAAGGCCCAAGAGCAGACGAUGGGAUAUAGCGAGUUGCUGACUGACGCUUGUGUGAAGACGAAGGCGUUGGAGCCUCAGCUUUGCUUUCGGGGGUAUACGAUCGAUCAUUUGAAUGCCGUGUUGGAGGACAGGCAAGCUAUGAUCGACGAGUAUUGGCGGCGCAUGGGGCAGCUCGACAAUGUGUGCUGGACUGCGGAUCUUUGUGCGUGGAACUAUAACCUGGUCGAGGAAGGUGAGAUUCUGGAGGAGAUACUCUUUCGGAUCAGUCGUGCUGCUGAUGAGAUGGAGAGUCUCUGCAGGAGCUAUCGGCAUUUCUUGGCUGAUAAGAUGGAUAUUGUCUCAGAAAUUGGUGAUGGGGGCAACGCUAUGUGGCGUGCUGCUUCCUAUUCGGCUGAUUUAGAACGGGAUUUAGAUGCUUUGAUCGAUGGGGACUGGUCUGACUGUGGCCUAAAUCCUGUCCUGGAGAGAAAGUCAAGCAUAAUGUUUGAGGCCCAGGCUAGUCGCGGAGCCAACAGAGUAAAUUCGCAGAUGCAAGAGGACAGCAAAUGUGAAUAUGAGCCGCCCGAAACAAUACCCCAACCGUCUAUUCCUAUACCACCAGGAGGUCAUCCCAGUCUAGGAGAGGGGCAGAUGCUUGCCAGCGGCACCCAGCCGCUGCAGGCAACGGUUGUAGGUGAGUGGAUGGCAAGAUGGGUCACAAGAUGGGUAGGACUGAGCGAGAGUGAUGCAGGGCAAAACAACUGGUUUCAUAUGUAUAGCACUGAAACGCAGGAUACUUUCAUGUUCAAUAACCCACAGGAUCCAGUCGGCCAGCCCACAGACCCGCAUGCUUUUAUACUAGAUGUGGAGCUUACUCAAGCAUCACAGGAAACCUUUGACUGUGCCAUGCUUUAUGCCCUGCCAACACAAGGUCAGUGUGAUAUCUCGGAAGCUACCAGUACCAUAACCUGA